AUGGUGGCUGAAUUCAUCUUGGAUUUAAGCACAUUAUUUCUCGAAGCAUUGCUUUACUUGCCUAAUUGUCUAGCCAUCAGAGCAGAUAAAGGCAAUCCAGUUUGUCUUUAUGAUUUGAGUUAUGAUGCUUUGAUCUACUUCCGUACUCUGGUCAAACAAGAUGGACGGAUCCUCUCCCUCUCCUGGCACCCCACGGCCCCACGUAUUGCCAUGGGAUGUGCUGAUAGUACCUUAAGAGUCCUCGACACUGAGACCAAUAGAUCAAUCCUUCGUAUCACAAUGGACAAGAACAGCAAAGAGGAGAACACUCUUGUCUGGAGCGUAAAGUUUUUAAGUGAUGAUACGAUAGUUAGUGGUUCUUCUCUGGGUAGCAUCAGUUUCUGGAACAGCAAGUAUGGAACUCUUAAGCAGUCUUUUAGCCUCCAUAAUGCCGACCUGCUAACAAUAGCAGUUAAUAGCGAAGAGGAUAUUCUUUUUGCUGCCGGAGUCGAUCAUAAGAUUGUCCGACUGAAGAAAGUGGAGAAGAGAGGGAAAGGUGAGAUCGGAGGUUACUUUUGGGUGCAGGCAUGUGACGUACGCCCACACACUCAUGAUGUCCGAUCCCUUGCUGUGUCAAGGAAUGGAGUCCUUAGUUCUGGGGGCGUGGACACUGUUCUCUGCUUCAAUAAAGUGGAGGAGUUUGAGAAGGAAAUGAGUUUGAGACAGUCACCGUUUGCAAGUUGGAACGAGCGAUUCCAGUUAGCACCGCUAGGUAAUAUUCUUCUGUUUUGCGACAAUCGUUCGUUAAAACUAUGGAAGAUAACGCCUCAGUCUGUUUCUACUGAUCACUCGUCUUCUACUGUCUGCUCACCUGAUAAAGACGCAUUGGCUAAGAGUGGUCUUAUCACUCAUAAAGAAAUGGAGUCUGAUCUAUACAAAGCUAGUGGCCUGCCCGUUCUUCUAUUAGAAAUAAAGUCACCAUCGGCCCAGCACAUUGUAUGUUCAGGAAUAUCUGAUGACGGGAGACUAGUUGCUUUUUCUGAUCCCGAGAAGCUCUGGGUGUACUCUUUGGAGCCAAAAGUUACCUGUAUCUCUACUCAGUUUCUGCCAUCACGAGCUGUUGCUAUAUUUAGUAACAACGACUCUAUUAAUAGUAACACUAGUAUUGCUGUAUGUCCGUCUGAUGGUGGAAUUAAAAUAGCAUCAGUUCCUUCUCCUGUGACUAAGGACAGUGUUAUAUUUACUGACAUGGAAAUAAGAAAGAAAAAGAUGUCCACCAGAUUAUACAUUAAACUCAAGUAUAGUCCUGACGGUAAGUACUUACUGGCAAUGAGUGAGAAAUACCGUGUACUGAUAUUCGAUGUAUUAAAUGGGACACUCUUUGCUACACUACCUCGAUUUGACAACACCUACCCUCCAUCUCUCUCAUUCACUGCCUCGUCAGAGUCCCUCCUUAUCUUUACUAGUGGUGAUCGGGAAUUCUACAAGUUCAACCUCAAGAAAUCAGAGCUAAAGGGUUUAGGUAGACCCUUCUUGAAGGAUAUAGCCAUGCGGGUUUGCUCAAGGAAAGGUUUAAGUAUGACCCUAGGCCUCAACACAUUACCUACUCUUCAUGGGCUGUGUAUGAUAUAUGAUUGGGAUAGACUAUUGUUUGUUAGAUAUGAAGCAAAAGGGAAGCAUAAGGAGGACAAAGAGGAGGAGGAGGUGAUCGGGAAGAAACGGUCUUUAAGUAUGAAAGAGUUAUCUAGUCAUUGUGUUAAGGAUUAUCGUGAUAUUGUUUAUGCUGGAGUGUUGGACUGUGGGGAGAUGGUGCUGGUGGAGAAGCCUUGGAGGGAUAGGGUGACUGCCCUUCCCCCAACGCUUAAAAUUGAUAAGUAUGGACAGUAGAGUUUUGUUGAUGUAAUUUUAAUUUAUUUUUCAAUAAAAAAAUAAUGAAAAUCAUUGUUAUUUUUUGCGGGAGAAUAGUGUGCGCAUGCGUAGUAGUAAGCCCCCGCCCAGCAGGUUUGUUUUCAUUUGGCGCGAAAAAGUAGAUCACUCAACUCGGACACUCACUGCUGGUUUCUGAAAAAAAGAAUGAGCAGGAGAAGGUCUACAAAGAGUAUCUCUGGCUUAAAGGAUGCCACUGAAUCCCGUAAACCCACUGGAGGAGGAGGAGGGAAGAGAAAACAAAAGAAAGGACCAAAAGAGGACCCGAUGCCACUAGCACCACUACAGGCUCAUUGUAGCAAUCCCAGUGUUCUAGUGGGAGGAAGCAAAACUCCAAAGCGACAGCAACAGAUUGCAAAGAAGACGGACCGCAUAGCAAGAUCAAUGUCACCUUUUCUACCAGAAAUACCAGUGACUGUAAAUAAAGAAGGAGUUUUUGAGAUAGAGAGAGUUCCACAGGAGACUAGCGCCACACAGACGGAGCCAAUAAAAACAGUCGAAAAGGGUACUCAAACUGAUAACCUUCCUGAUAGAACUGAACCGGCAACCCAUGAGCCAGAGGAAAGCAUAGACUAUCAGCUGUGCUGCAAUGAUCCACCUCCUUCAGUUUAUUGGGAGGUAAUGGCAGAAAAGAGAAGAGUUGCAUUGAAGGAAACUAUUGAUGAAAACGAAAGACUAUGGCAAGAGAUUGAGGCAUUAAGAGAAGAGGUCAAAGAAGGAGAGAGACAGCGUAACAAUGCACUUUAUUUCCAGUUUAUGUACAGACUUGUAGCUGAAGAAACAAAGAAUUUAUCAUGAACUGAACUUAUAUGCACACACACACUGUCUUGUCAACCAAAAUUGCAAUUGUUAAUUUAUUAUUAUUAUUAUUAUUGUUAUUGUUGUUUUUGUCAUAAUAUAUUCAUGUAAUGGUAGUGGUAGUAAUCCUA